AUGGACCAGUCCGACAGGGCAGCAGUGAUCGUCUGCCUGGGCCCGCACCCGCAGUCCCUGGACAAGACCAUGCAGAGCCUCGUGGUGUGCUCGGGCAUCCUCGACUACUUCCGCGCGACCCAGGGCCGCGGCUACAUCAUGACCAUCAACUUCUCGGGCACGAGGCUGCUGCAGGCCCGCGACCCAGACGAGGCCCAGGCCUGCCUGCGCGAGGACUGCCGCGACUGGAGCGCCAUCCUGGCCCGCGCCGCCGAGCGCGCCCGCGCCGACGCCCCCGAGACCUGCCGCCACGUCGAGGUUGUCCUGGUCGGCACCAACGACUGCCCCGCCGGCGCCGCCGACCUGGACACGCUGUGCCGCCAGCUCAAGGCGCAGGGCAUCCGCGUCAACGCCGUCGUCGUCGAGCCCGAGUCCCCCACCAGCGGCCGCACGCGCUCGUCGUUUGUCCCGGGCCUGGCGGGCGGCUGGAUCGUGCUCGACGACGGCCCCGCGGGCGAGGCUCGCAGGCGCCAGACCGGACCGAACUGGGGCAUGGUGCAGAUCGCCCGCGGGACGGGGGGCCUGACGCUGAUGCCAAAUGCCGAGGGGAAGCUCGCCAUCUACCAGCUCUUUACCGAGAUCUUUCGGCGCUGGGGCGAACAGUACUGGAGCAUGGCUGCUGCCCACAAGGCGAAGACGUCGCAAGUUGUCACGAGGGAUAAUACAGUCGGGCUGUCGUCAUGA